AAGAAGAACAAAGUGACGCACUUCCUCUUGCCAAGCCGCGGUUGGGUUGUGAAGCUGUUCGCUGAGAAUAAACGGCUCGAACUUUAACUUAACAGCCCGACCAGCAGCUUUAGAGCAGCGAUAGACCAGUGCUCAGUAAUAGUUUAGGUUUAUUUACAGCCAAAUCAGUCUCCGAGGUUGAAGUGCGUCUUAGUUUUUUGUCAUGGCAAAGGUCCAAGUGUUAAAUGUUGCUGUUCUGGACAACCCGAGCCCAUUUGGAAAUCCGUUUCAGUUUGAAAUAACGUUUGAAUGCAUGGAAGACUUAUCUGAAGAUCUGGAGUGGAAGAUCAUCUAUGUGGGUUCUGCUGAGAGUGAAGAAUACGACCAAGUUCUGGAUUCCGUUUUAGUUGGUCCAGUACCAGCUGGAAGACACAUGUUUGUGUUUCAGGCUGAUGCUCCCAAUACAGGUCUGAUUCCAGAGACCGAUGCGGUGGGAGUGACUGUAGUCCUUAUAACCUGCACCUACCGUGGACAGGAGUUCAUUCGCAUCGGUUAUUACGUCAACAAUGAAUACACAGAUCCAGAGCUACGGGAAAACCCACCUCUAAAGCCAGACUACUCUCAGCUUCAGAGGAACAUUUUGGCUUCCAACCCCCGCGUCACCCGCUUCCACAUCAAUUGGGAGGGCUUGGCCGACAAGAUGGAAGACGGCGAAAACGUGGACCCGUCCCCGAACAUCAGUGGCAUGUUCGCCCCGUCCUGCAUACCAGGAAAGAUGCCAGCUCUCGGACAGAUGCCGGACAACUCCAUGGACUGCUUGUAGGAGACAUAAGAUUCAUGAUGAAGGACAAGGAGCUUUUCUUACCUUUACAUUCAUACACAUCACAAAAUGUUAUAAUAAGACCAGGGAUGUCCCCUAUGUGGACAUUUGAAGGACAUGAUGACAUGGGAUGUUUUUUCUCUUCUGUAUGGCCGAAUUUACGGGGUGGGUGUUGCCAGCUUAGGUUCCUCUCUUGUACAGCCAGAAAUGCUUUAAUUUAUUAUUUCCUUCUCAUACUUUAAUUUUUUCCCUGAGAAACUCUGAUUCCUCUUUAACCCCAACUGCAUGUUUUAUUUUGUCCUUGUCAGCACAUUUUAAAGCCUUGGACACCGAUAUCUGCCACGGCAUGUGUGUAUCAUAAGCUUCACAUAGUUCAAGCAUUUCAUUAUUCAGAUACGUGGUUUCAACUGGUGCUUCUCUGUGGAUUCAAGGAACCCACCAUGCAGAGCACAACUAUGUCACAAGUUUUAGCUCACUAUAGUAAACCCACAUCUUUGAGGGGGCCCCAGGUAAUUUACCGUUUGUUGAUAUGCUGAACAAAAAUUCUCAGAACAUGAGGUUUAAAUGAGAAAUUGGUCCCAUGUUGCUGUCAAGUUCAAAUAGCUCUUUGUAAAUAAUGUGUUCCUAGCACUUGUUUUGCCUUCUAAAUGAAAGGGUGUUAUUUUUUGUACUCCAUAUAUAUAUUCUAUACCUCCAUGUUUUUUUUUACCAUUGGUGAGGUCAAAUAAAGUUUCUUUUUCUGAUUA